AUCUCUGUCCGUCUGCGAACAUGAAUAUCUUUGAAAUAGGCAUAGUUUUCAGUUAUGUUUGUACACUAGUUUCAGUCAGGUGAAGUGUGUUGGGGAUAAUUGUUUUAUAGUUGACGACUGGCUUAGGCUGUGAUAUGUUACGAUUUUAGACUAUUAUGAUUCCUUUUUUUUAUAUAAGUUUUAUAUCUCUCCGCAAUGGAAGUUUUAUUAAUUGACAGUGGUAAUACGUGUGAAUUUUAAAAUCGGGAACACAUUCACCUGACUAAAUGAAUGUAAGCUGCCAACAUGGAAGGGAACGAUAAGGAUUCAGCAGUAAAGAGCAAUGUUGCCACACCCAGUAAUGAUAGUACUGAACGACGUAAGGCAAAAAAUAAGAAAAAAUCAAAGAGCAAGAAAGUCAAAGUUAAGAAACCAUCGAUUGCACUUCAGUUUCCUCCCAGGCCUGCCACAGACGUAGGUGGCAAUGAAGCAGCUCCUAGUGUAUCUCACAAUGACAGUAAAGCACCACAGAAAGAGGACACUGAUUUUGAUGUGUAUGCAGGAAGGGGAAUUACGAAGUUGACACAGGGAAAUUCUAGAUUUCCAAGAGCCCAUUUUAAAUGUGGUUACUGUGAAUAUUUCUGUGAUGAUUUGGCUACUGUUGAUCGACACCUUUGUGAGGAACGUCAUAAAAAGCGUGAAGAGGCAGCCUGUUUUAUUGAAUGCCUUUUGUUGUUGGCAACACCACCAGAAAAUAUAUUAAGGAUAAUCGACAGAUGCCUAACUGAUGCCAUUGCAGGAUUGGGUUUGACGCUGUCUGACUAUAAAAUUAGGAACAAGUAUAAAGAUAACUUGAACAAGAAGAUAAGUUCUGAUUUUCCAGGAUGUUAUUUUGAACUGUAUGGGUCUUCUCUGACAAGAUUUGGCUUUAAGAAUUCCAAUAUAAACUUCAGUUUCAAUGUACCACCAAAAGUCAAUGGUCCAACAGCAUUACUCAACCUAAAAUCAUGGCUUGAGAAACAGGAAGAGAUAAGAGAUGUAACUCUAAAUGUUGGGUGUGAACUGCCAUUAAUAACAUUCCGAGAUAGAGAAAAUGACUUCUCAUGUGAUGUUGCAUUGAAUAAUACUGAAGCUGUGAAGCUAUCAGAACUCUUGUCAAAUUAUGGUGCUAUAGAUGAUAGAGUUCUUCCAUUGGGCAUAACAUUCCGUCAUUGGGCAGAAGUUUGCAAACUUGCCAGUCAAGAUGAUGGUGGACUUCCAAAACAUGCUUUUGCUGUGAUGACAGUGUUUUAUCUUCAGCAUGUCCAACCACCAGUAUUGCCAUUAGCACCCAUUAGUGCAGAAAAGGGCAAACCAUCAGAGGCUCAAUGGGGUACAAAAAGAACAAGCUGGGAAAGCAGAAAUAAAUCCACAGUUGGAGAGUUGUGGCUGGGCUUGCUGAAGUUCUUUUCUGUUCGCUAUCCUCUAUCUGACUAUAUUGUGCGUAUUGACAAACGAGGCAUUGAGAAGAGUAAUGGCAGAAGGAAGAUUAUAAUUGAAGAUCCUUUUCAACCAAAGAUGAAUAUUGCUCGGACUGUGAUAAGUGGCUCUACGGUGGAGUAUUUUCUUCAUUGCAUGAGAAUAACAUUCAAAUAUUUUUCAAUUCCUAAUACAGCUGAUGGGCCAAUAUAUCAUCAUGUUAUUAGAGAUGGCACACUCGCUGAGGAUUCGAAAGAAAAAGAAAUAAGAGAGGAAAUGAUUGAGAAGAUGUUAAGAGAUGAUGAGCGGUUCAACAAGAAGUUAGAUGGGUUAAUUUCUCAAAAAAAUGCUUCAUCCAGUGCUAAUACACAUUCCAAUUUGACAGUCACUGUGUCUCAGGCACACACAUUGAACUGUGGUGUGAAUGAAAAAUGUGUUUCCUUUAAUUUCUCACAGUUCAGCUUUACAGGAGGAAAGAAACUUCCUUUAGUUUGUACUUUUUGUAUGGAAGAUAACCACACAAAGAAAGCCUGUCCACUAAAUCGACCUGAUAAGCUGGUGCAGAUGACUGCAGACCACAUCAUGACCCUGGAUAGGGUGUGUGAAUAUGUUCUAGAAAACUUUUCUCAAACACAAAAACAAAUAGACCUACGAAAGUCUAUUGUAAUGGAUCUGGAACAAUAUAUUUCAAAACUGUAUCCAAAUGUGAAGCUGGAACUAUUCGGAUCAUCAUGCAAUGGGUUUGGAUUACAGAACUCUGAUCUUGAUAUUUGUUUGACCCUAAAAGGAAAUGAUACAGGAAUGGAUCUUGACUUCGUACAGAUAAUUGAAGAUCUAUUUGUUCAUUUGAAAGGAUAUAAAAGUAUUAGGAAUUUAGUUCCUAUAACAUCUGCCAAGGUGCCAAUAAUAAAAUUCAACCAUUUCUCAUCGGAAUUAGAUGGCGAUAUCAGCAUAUAUAACGUCUUGGCUCAAAACAAUACAAGACUACUUAAAGUGUAUUCAGAUAUCGAUAUAAGAGUAAAGAUUCUGGGAUAUGUUAUGAAACGUUUUGCCAAAUUGUGCAAUAUAUGUGAUGCUUCUCGAGGUAGCCUGUCAUCAUAUGCAUAUAUUUUGCUGGUGAUAUAUUUUCUACAACAGUGUGAACCACCUGUGCUGCCAGUUUUGCAGGAGCUCCCAGAAGGAAGAAACAAGCCAGAGAAACUUGUCGAAGGGUGGAAUGUUUACUUCUACGAUGACAUCGAUAACUUGCAAGCUGUAUGGCCGAACAUUGGCAAAAAUAAAACUUCAGUUGGUAGUCUGUGGUGCGAGCUUUUGAAUUUUUAUGCAGAAAAAUUUGAUUUCAAGAGUCAUGUUGUAUCAGUUAGGCAGAAAGAGCCUUUGCUAAGAUUCACAAAGAUGUGGACCACCAAAUGCAUGGCCAUUGAAGAUCCCUUUGAUUUGAACCACAAUUUGGCUUCAGGAUUAUCCAAAAAGAUGCAUUUAUACAUCAUAAAAGCAUUUAAGAAAGGACAAGUUCACUUCAGAAAUUCCAUUAGAGGAGGCAGCUUGAGUGUUGCAGAGCUGGAGGUGUCACUGUUUAAGAGUGACAAACUGAUAGAAGGAGAGCCUCCAAAUAAUAGAUCUCGUCAUAUGAGGCAUGGCAAUGGUGGUGCUGGAAGAAGAAAUAAGAACAAGAAAUCUGAAGAGAUAAGAACACAAAAAAGUACAGAAGUGAUUAGGAGUCCUGUCAAACAAGGUGGUAAGUUUGAACAGGCCAUUAGCUAUGGACGUGUUGUUCAGCCAUUUGAACGUAACCCAAAAGACACCUUCCAUGGUAAAAGAAAUCGUGCAAAUCAUGCAUUUGGCCCUAAUACAACUAUGGCACAUCCUGCUGAUGUUAGAAACUGGAGACAAGGAAGUGGACACAGGGCUGAAAAUAUGGUGCAGAGUAGAGUGGUAGAAAACAGUGCAUUGAAAGUGAAUAUGAAUGGACCUCUUGCGCCACAGUCUCCAUUUCAUUUUCAGUUGUUACAAAGAAACCAGCAACAAAUGAACUCUGCAUUUCCGAAUGCAGAAGCACUGGAACAAAGGGUAGAAAUUUUAGGCAAUAAAAGCCCAUCUCGUAAAAUUGUGGACAUUUCACAUCCGUCCAGGAGAUAGUUAUUUCCAUCAAAAAUUGCUUAUCAUGGAAAUUUUCAUGGUAUUGUGUGCAGUUUGAACUGUAAACAGAUCAGUGUGCUUGAAAGCCCUCUCUUAAGUUGGUGUUUUUGCACCGGUAUGAGAAAACUGUUGAAAUGGUGCAAUUCCAAAAGUUUCUCGAUCUCAUGACAAGUUUUUAAAAAGCAGAGGAACUGUGUGAUUUUAUAAAUUUGAAUAUUUUAUCAGACUUAAUGAAAGGUAAAACAGUGUUGCACUUCUACACUGACUUCUCUGCAGCCAGUUUUAACAAAUGACCACAAGGAUCUUCGAUGAAAAGCGCCUGUUAUACAUUGCAAAUGUUCUUGUUAGAAAAUAUCUGUUUCAAAAUUCAUUAUGUACAUGAGAAUAGGUUAGAUGUAAUUUUUUUUCUAUAUGAUGAUUGUAUGAAAAAUUUUGUGACAUCAUCAUGAGUGUAGUUUACAGCAAUUUACAGCAAUGACAUUUUAAACAGGCAGUAUAAUUUUAUAUAUUUUUUUUAAAAUUAUUUUCUGUUUUAUUUAUUAUACAGUGCAUGUCUUUAUAAUUGACAACAUUUUUAUAAAGGUGACAAAUUGUAUUUUAUUUACUGAUCUAAAUUGUUAACUUGUUUUGUCAUUCAAAUCAGUUUAUUUUUGUUUAAUACAGUUCAUUUAUGAAUUGUUUUAUGUUUUAAGGGAACUUCAAUUGAAUUUAUUUUUAUAUUCAUGUUUAUUGUCAAAUGUCCUUCAUGAUAUGAGAACAGUAUGCAGAUUGUUUGAUGCAUAUUUGAGGGCUGGGGAAGGAAGUGAAAUGAAAUGAAAUUAAGUGAAGUUUUUUAAGGGAGGGAAGGUUAUUAUUGUUUUGUAAUGUAAUCUUUGUUAACUGCAUCAUAGUCUAAAUGUUUUAUGCUAUUUACAUUUAUUGUACAUAAAUUUUUAUUUUCAUUGGAAAAAGCUGUUGUUUUAAUUGUUAAUAGAUAUUUGUUAUUAGCAGUGUCAAAAUAUUUUAUGUUUUUUAAAUUGGGCGGUUACUUGAAAAUAGCUGGGGUGGAAAGGGUUCAGUUUGUUAUUCGCUCUCUGCAUAAAUGGAAAAGUGUAUUGCCAGUAGAGUGCGUAAAAGUGUUGUGAAAAAUUGUUACUUUUUUGUUAUAAUUGUAAAAACUAUAAAAAUAUCACAUCAUUGUUUACAGAGGGCACUCAACAAGAUAUUGUCUUAGUAACAUUUUCUUCCUGACUUCUUGAACUUCUUCGUGGUAGUGGUCUCUGUUAAAAUUAUGCAGAGUGUCAGAAGUAUUUGACCAAAAUUGUAGACUGUGUAAAAACUAUCUGACAUUAUAUGUUGCCAUUCCUCGCACACUGAUUAAGUUUGCUGUUUGGUUAUUUGUAAUAUGCCUUUAGUUGUGUCACAACAUUUUGACAAUGUAUGAAGAGCACAAAAAUGUGAUAUAAAAAUGAAAGUUAAAGGAGAACUUUUGUAUGUAAAAGUAUAUGAA